UUGCGAACCGGACGACCGCCCGCCCAGUUCGCGGGGUGCGAGCGUUUUUAUUCUGUCCAUUAUUUUCAAUUGUGUCAAUUUAAAACCCAGGAGGCGCUGUCGUACUAUUAAUCGAAUUACGGUCUCCGCGUGAAACUUUCGUUCCGAGAUUAUAUCGCACUGCCGCCGCCGCCGGUGUUGUUUUUAUUUGUUUGUUAUUUUAUAUAUUAUGUGUGUAUGUGUGUGUGUGUGUGUGUGUGUGUGUGUGUGUAUGUGUAACGUACACGGUUUUUUAUUUUUCCGUUUCGCUUCUAAUCGCGUUAUCGCGAUCCGCACCGCCACCGUCAACGACAGAGACGACGCGAGCGUGAUACCACACACAGCGCACAGGGUUAGUGUCGGCGGGGAACGAACCACGCCUCGGGGAUGACGCCGACGCGCCAGUAGCGCGUAAAGCGCUACAAGAGUUGUGUCGUCGUAAAGUGUACGCGCAAUAUUUGGACUUUGUAUAUGUGUUCGUACAGAUGCAUGCCAACAUACAUUUACGAUUAUGGUGGUGGAGGUGGCGGCAGUCGUGGUGGCGGAGGCGGCGGUCGUGGUGGUGGAGGCGGUGGUCGUGGUGGUGGCGGCGGUGGUCGUGGUGGCGGUAAAGCCCCUAACAGAAAUAAAUGCAUAGUUUGUUUCAAGCGGGGGCAUACCGCCACACAGUGCCAUUACGCCAAGCGCGCCGCCGCAGCGGCCACGGAUGCUGCCGCUGAGGCUGCAAGUAGAGCAGCCAGGGCAGAGAAGGCCGCAGAAGCGGCCAUUGCUCUUGCAAAAAAGUUGAGGGAGGAGGCCGCCCUGGCUGCUCAGCAGCAGCAGCAGCCGGAGCUACAGCAGCAGCAACCGCCGCAGCAACUGCCGCAGCCUUAACAUGCCUAUAUGCCUUAUAACAAAUUAAUAUAAAAUACAAAAAAAAAAAAUUUAUUCAGUGUGUUUUCAUUUCCUGAUCAUCA